UUAUACUGGAAUUAUUCAAACCCAACUUAUUCACGUGACUUAUUUACUUGUGUUCUAUUUGUUCGCUUCAGUCUGAUCCUCUUCGAUCCCCAAUACCAACUUCACCGUUCCCGUUCGAGGUGCCAUUAUGCCUGGUCUGCUGCGGAUCAGCCUCAGUAUACUCAUACGAUGUCUCCACGGGCGCGCUACCCUUGGUCAACUGCUAAGGCGACCUCAUGUCUACCUAUGACACUACAUACACCUCCUCAAGUUUAUCAAGGCCGCUGCAACUGCCAGCUACCCAGUCAGUAUUGUCCUCCAGCUCAUCAGCUUUCAGAUAUGCUCCAAACUGAUAAUAUUCAUCACCCACAAUUUCAAGCUUGUAUUUAUCCCUUCAUUUGUUCCCACAAUCCAAGCACUCAUCAGCAACACUACAGCCAUCAUUCAUAUCAACAUCAGCACCAGAACCGUCAUGAUAACUCUUCUUCCUACUCUAUUGGUGCCAAAUAUUGCUGUUCACAAUUACCGUUUUCUAUGGCCCGCAGUAAAACUGAACAUCAACUACCUUCAUCCUCCUCGUCUUCUGGUAUCUUCUGUUUUGAAUUACCACUAACCCAUUUAGCCACAGGGCCCUUUAAUGUGCAAGCAUCUACAAUUGCCUUACCCACACCUCCUCCGGUGCCAUCGCCACCUGAGGAGACCACCUAUACAGCGCUUACUACAAAAAACGCUUCAUCAUCGGUCUUUGAUUCAGCUGCCAUGCCAUUACUAUUCUCUCCUUCUCCUAUUUCCCUGCGUGCUUUACGACCCUCACAGUCCAUUCAUGUGCCCCUAAACAGCCCCGGGGCUGCCCCCAAACACCCAUCGGACCCGGGUCCAUGCCCCAAUAUUUGGCUUGCCACGCCCGAGCAAUCUUCUGUUCUUCAAACGACUACCUCCAUCGUUCUAGCCUCCACAGCGAAGCCUUUGAUUCACCAUUCCACUGCUUCUGCAGUAUUUGCCGAUAAAAACCUUACCAGACCCUUUGUUUCAAGCUCGCCGAAAACGAUUAAGGAACAGCAACAGCUCAAUUAUGCAGAACUUAGCUUCGAUAAGGAGCCUAUGCCAUCCAGUCCUGAGAUUUGCCAACAUGGAGUCAAUUGGCACAAUACACUAUCAAUAUCUACGCCCCCUCGAGCAGCCCACAAGUUUCGAACAGGGCAUCUUCAGAACAAAAGUCUUUCUAUACAAACAUGGUCCUCUUCACUGCCAACCCUUCCGGGUCCAGAUUCACCAACGUCAAUUACUCUGUGCCCAUUGGAUUAUAAAUCAGUAGCAUCAUCGAAGAUGACUAGUAUAGCUGCCGAUGUAUCGGUGGCACUCUAUGCUGCUUCUAGAUUUCCUUCUAUCACAGCGGUUACGAAGUCUAUCAGCUCACCUCGGAAGGUUUUGCCUGUAACUAAACUAAAGCCUCAUAGUCAGCUAUAUGGGCAACCAUCUGAGGCCGUCACAACCGAUGACGACUGUAGAAGGAACGUUAAUAAGAGAACCGGUAACGUUGACUAUAUCACGAUCGAUGCAGUGCAUACCAAAGUCCUGUCACACAUUGGUCGCGAGAUGGAGGGAAAGAAGGUAUUCGAGACACUGGAUUCUAUGGAAUAUGUGUGUUGUCGAUUGGCGUCAGGUCCUCCAGAGAUAAGAUAUUCUCUCUGUUCUAAUAAAGUUUACCUCAGAAUAAUAAAUAUCUGGUAUUCGAUUUUUGCACAAAUUUGA